UGAUGAACUGAACUUUGAACCGUGAUAACGAAACUUCAGUAUCUACUCGUUCAUCGGUCACUUGGGGUUUGCUAAAGUGUAGGUUCUUCACGUAAUCAUCUUAUUUGCAUCCAAAAUUUUGGCUACGCUAUAUACUCAAAGAUGACUUCGAUUGUGAAAGGCGUUUUCAUUGUUGGAGCUAAACGAACCCCAUUUGGUACUUUUGGUGGUAAGUUAAGCAAAGUACAUAUAACUGAACUUCAGACGAUAGCAUCAAAGGCGGCCUUGACAGCAGCUAAUGUGAAACCUGAAAUGGUAGACUCUACAAUUAUUGGAAAUGUUUUGACGAUCUCAGCUCCAGAUGGAAUUUUCCUUCCUAGACAUGUUGCACUGAAAUGUGGAAUACCUCUUGAAAAACCAGCUUAUAUGGUGAACAAGUUGUGUGGUUCAGGUUUUCAGUCAAUAGUUAAUGGAUUGCAAGAUAUCCUCACAGGUGUUGGAGAAAUCGUUCUAACAGGAGGAGUAGAAAAUAUGUCAGCAUCUCCAUAUAUUGUGAGAAAUGUAAGAUUUGGUAAUAUAGCCCUUGGAGCAAGCCCAGUCCUAGAAGAUUCGCUUUGGAUAGGUCUAACUGACACUUACUGUAAACUACCAAUGGCGUUGACAGCAGAAAAACUAGGUGAACAGUAUAAACUCACAAAAGAUGAAGCUGACGAGUUUUCUUUAAGAUCCCAGCAACUAUGGAAGUCAGCACAAGACGAAGGUAGGUUCAAAGAAGAAAUUACUCCCGUUCCUAUCAAGGAAAAAAAGCAGAGCAUAAAUUUUGAAAUUGAUGAACAUCCAAGACCUCAAACAACUAUCGACGGUUUGAAAAAAUUACCUACAUUAUUCAAACAAAAUGGAUUGGUAACAGCAGGAUCUGCAUCUGGGAUAUGUGAUGGUGCUGCUGCUGUGAUAUUGGCUAGUGAAGCUGCAUUAUCAAAAAAUAACCUGAAACCUAUGGCUAGAGUGGUAGGUUAUUCUGUUGUAGGCGUAGAUCCAUCUAUAAUGGGCAUUGGUCCUGCACCAGCUAUCAAAAAUCUCCUUAAAGCUACAGGAAAAACAUUAAAUGAUAUUGACUUGGUUGAGGUGAGUUUUGUUUCUAUAUUUAUUAGCCUAUUAUAAUCACCCUAUUUUAUAAGCUUCAUUAUUC